AUGGCUUGCUCGACAAUCGAACCACCACCGACCACCACCACCGUCGUCCAAAGCGGCAUCGCCGCCCUCCAUCCGGACAUUCUGGAGACCCACAUCCUGACGCGACUCGAUGGACCCACUCUCGCCUCCGCCAGCUGCGCCGACACCAAGCUACACGCCCUUUCCACCCAACCCGAUCUCUGGAUCACCAUCUGCACCUCCACUUGGCCCUCCACCAGCACUCCACGUCUGCUCCACCUCAUGUCCUCCUUCCCCGACGGCCCUCGCUCUUUCUUCUCCUCCUCUUACCCUAUCCUCCACCGCUGCACCAACUCCUCAACCAAUUCUGACCCUUCUGCGCCUCCUGUCCGACUCAUCUCCGCCGUUGAUAUUUACUACAACGAAAAACCCAUUAUCUCUAAGGUCCAAGAGACCGAGACUGCGACCGAGUGGUUCCGGUGCUCGCCUUUCAGAAUCGACGUUCUUGACCCUAAAGACGUUGUACCGACAAGUAUACAACACCCGGGAGACGAUGACACGUCUCGGAAACUGGGAGAGAACAUCAGUCUGAGCUGGAUCGUGAUGGACACAACCGGACGGCGGGCGGCGAACCUUUCGAGUCACAAGGCCGUAUCGGUGGAACGGCACUGGCUGAGUGGGGAAGUGCAGCUGCGUUUCGCUUCAAUCCUGGGCGGCGACAAGGGGACGACGGAGUUGGUGCAGUGCGGGAUAGUGGUGACUUGCGACGGCUCCAAAACUGGGGAAAUGCAGGUGACAGAGGUGAGCUUGCAGUUGGAGGACAUGGAUGGAGUGCAUUUGAUGGGGAAGGAGAGUUUGGUAAUUUUGCACAAGGCCCUGAAGGGCCAGAAGGUGAAAAAAGUGAAGAGGGAGCAUGGAGGAAGGGAGGGAUACCAAGAGUACCUGGAAAUGAAGAGAGAGCGAAAAGAAAGAAAGAUCAGGCUUGAAGGCACCUUAGAUAUGGCUUGUUUGGUGGCUAUAGGUAUAUUCGCCUUUUCUUUUGGGGUGUGGCGCUUUGCCUUUCUUUUGUAG